GCUCAUUAGAGACGAAAGGGGAGGGGGGGAGGCGACCACCUUGAUAGAGGAGGCGAGCGAUCGGCAGCCCAGCUUACCCGAGGCAGCUCCCGGCUCGGAAGAUGGUGGUGGCGGAGUGUAGCCACGCGGCAGACACGGCACUCGGGUACUACCCGUCGGCGGUCGGUGGCUCGAUAAGUGGCCAUGUCAUGUUCAAAGUUCUCUCUCUCUCUCUCUCUCUCUCUCUCUCUCUCUCUCUCUCUCUCUCUCUCUCUCUCUUGCAGGCAGGGUAGGCUAGUUAUGUUUUUCGAACCAAAUCGGCGCCCCCCGCCUCCUCCGCGGCCCCCCAUUUGAAACGGAAUGGCGAUACACUGUGAGAAAUAGUAGUUAAUUUACAGUGAAAUUUUCCAUAAUUUAUCGUCAAUCUUCAUAGAUAUUUUUUUACAGUGUAAAGUGUACCAACACGUUUCAGUGUAAUUACGUGAUGUGCUCACAGUGUAUCAGUGCGCUCUUUCUUUAUCGCUUUCUUGUUUUGUUGCAGGAGAAUGGAGAGAGUUGAAGGUCUUUCUGGAGGGAGAUUUGUAUUUCUCCAUCUCGACUUUAUUUACCUUCUGUCCCAUAUUGGUGAUGUGCUGACGCAUGUUAAGUGUCAAGUUGGAGGCUGCCAGGGAUCUGCGGCCUUCAGUGGUGACAAUGUGUACCCAAUUCGGGAACACAACCACGGGCCCGAUUUGGAAAUGCUGGACUUAAUACGUUUCAAAAAUGAGCUAAGGCGCUUGGCAAGGGAAAGUUCCGAGGAUUAUCGUCGUCUGUAUGACAACGCAAGUGCAAGGUUUCGCCUUGGAGCACGGGCAUAUGCGUUUCCUGCUGCAUCUCAAAUGAUGCAGCGAAUCAGGAGGGCGCAUGUGCCUCCUACGCCGACCGACCUUCUGAACCUGCAGGAGACACUGCGCCACCCUAACUGGACGAACUGGGCUAAGGAUUCAGAGGGUAACGACUUCUUUCGAGAAUCCUUCGUUGCUCCGGACGGAACUCAAUGUGCUGUGUUUGUAUCACACACAUUUAGUGAUUUAGUUGUGAGGCCAGGGUGGAGGGCCCACGCGGACGGCACAUUUAAGUCUAUCCCUCUGAAUCUUAACCUAGAGCAGCUGUUCAGCCUCCAUGUUAUUGACGAGGAUAACCAUGGCCAAAAGAAGCAGUUGUACCCUGUGGCGUAUGCACUUAUGACGCGGCGUACUACUGACGCCUAUGAGGCCGUUCUACGGUGCAUAUGUAACCAUGUGCCUGGCAUCCAGAGACCGGCAUCCCUAAUGGCGGACUUUGAGCCGGCACUACGCAGUGGCUUUCGCAGAGUCUGGCCUGAAAUCGAAGUGCAUGGAUGCUGGUUUCACUUUGGACAGGCGGUGCUUCACCGUGCUGUUGACGAGUGCCACCUCAAGCCCCUGCUGCAGGAGGCCCCGGAGGCAGCGAGGGCACAAAAGAUGCUCAUGACACUUCCUUUGCUCCCAAUGGAGCUGAUUGUUGCUGGCCUCGAAUACGUCGAAAACCAUGUGGCAAGAAAUGGACUGACGCCCCAGUUUGCUGCUCUUCUCCGGUACAUGAGAACGUACUGGAUUAAUGAGGUAGGGGUGGAAAUACUUGCCAUCGGACAUCUGCACUUUCGGACGAACAAUGCGGUCGAGGCAUUUCACAAAUGUCUCAAUACCUCAGUGGGUGUCCAUCCAAACUUCUGGAAGUUUGUCGAUGCUUUGCGUGCUGUUGACAAUAGUCGAGCACGAGACCGGGGGCAGGUGCAAAACUUUGUGCAGGUGCGACGGCGACAAAGGGCGAAUUACCGGAUGCAGGAUGACCAUAUUCGUGACAGCAGGGCUCUUUACCUGGAAGGAGAGCAGCCAGACAUCGGCGGGUUCCUCCGGGCAGCCUGUCACAGUAUGGACAGGUACUUUUACCGUAUGAUGCUGGACAACAGGGAACGUGCAGGUGGACCUGCCGCUGCUCCUGCACGUGCAGCUGGAGCAGCUGCAGCACCUGCAGGUGCAGUUGGAGCAGCUGGACCUGCACCAGCUGCUGGGCCAGCAGCGGAGCCCGCCGACGCGCCUGGAGCGGCCCGGGUACCACAGGGCCCGGCACCUGGCCCAGCCAGAGGGGAGCUGCUGCCCGCGGGGCCGCGGCCAAGAGUAGCGAGGGGAGGGAGACGGGGAGUGGCGCGCGUCGCGGCCCCAGCGGCCCCAGCGGCACCCGCGGUGGCAGCAGCGGCGCCCGCGCCCCUAGCCGAGGACAGCUCGGAUGAUGAUGACUUUGUUCAACCACGGCAGCGCAACCAGGCGAGGGUUGCGCAUCCCGCUGGGCAACCUGCCGACCUGCCCGCUGGACAACCUGCCCAGCCCGCUGGUCAACCUGCCCAGCCCGCUGGUCAACCUGCCCAGCCCGCUGGUCAACCUGCCCACUGUGUUCCUGUGCACCUUCACGCAAGACAAGUAAGAGCACCAGUCAAAGUGCAGUUAAAAUAA